UCCAACAUGGCGGUAUUUGGAGUUUGAAAUAUAGACAUAAUAUACGUAUAUUAUGUCUAUGGUAUGAAAGAGCAUAUCGAAAGCUUUUCUUAUUCUAAAAAAUCACAUUUGUGUUUUAGACACUCUUUAUAUUAUAAUGGCUGAACAGGGCAGUGAGGAGGAUUCAGUUCGCUACUUCUGCACCGCCGGUAACGGCAUGGAGCGUUUUGUAAUUGAAGAGGUGAAGAAGAAGCUCGCCGCUGAAAAUGUGUGUCAGGUGCAUGGUAAAGUGAUGUUCACCUCCUCAGCAGGUAUGGACAAACUCAUUGAGCUGAAGACUGCAGAGAGACUCUUCCUUCUGUUGAAACAAGAUUCACCUGUGCAGCUGCCUGCUCAUACUAGUCCAGCAAAAGCAGCCUCUGUGCUGCAGUCAAAGCUGCUAGGUGAAAGGAAUCAGUGGACCGGCGCUUUAAUGACAUGGAACCGCCUGCAGGGGGAGCUGGUUGACAGCAGGAGGACUGUCAAGAUGGCAAGCUCUGCCCUGGGAGUGACAAAGAAGAGGGGAGAGAGGAGGAGUGACGAACAGAAGCAAGAAGAGAAGUAUCAUGUGGAGUUGCCAAAAAGUACAGGAGAGCCGAGGGAGACGGAGAAUGAGACGCUGAAGAGUGUUGAACAAAAUGAAGGGCAGACACUGGAGAAGUGGAGGAGGAGAGAAAAUGAACAGAAAGGAGUUGAAGAGGCAAAGGACAAAGCAAGGAAAGAAGAAGAAGACCAGAGUGGAGAAACAUUUUUUGAAGCCAAGACACUGGAGAGGAAGAGAAGGAGGGAUGCUGACGAUGAAGAGGAGGAAAGAAGGGGAGUUACUCAGAACUGUAGUCGUGACAAGCUUGUAGAGAAUGAGAUAACAUUUAAGAGAAGAAUAAUGACAGAGGGAGAAGAAGAGAACGGAGUCUUUAUGUACUCAAGCAGUUGCAUAAAAGAUUGCAAACAUAGGACAUUAUCAAGAGAGGACAUGACCAGCAUUGACCAAGAAACACAAGGACCACUCAGUGAUGGUAUAAGUGGCAGCAGGACUAUGGAGGAUGUGACAAAGGACUUAACUGUAAAAAAUGGUGAUUACAUUACGAGAGAUUUUUUCUGUGUUUUCUUAAUUGUUAUUAUUAUAUCAACUUCAGCGUCUAAGGAUUUUUUUUUGCCUGCUUCGAUUGCUUCUUUAUAUCCUUCUCCUCUCUUAUGUUUGCUUCCUUUUAAUAAAGAGAAGACUUCUGAUGGAAGAGAUAAGACUUUACUGCCACAUCAGCCUCCCUCUGUCCCUGUCUCUUUUAGGAUCAGCUGCAAAUGCACUGGAUCUCUGUCCAGAUAUUUCAACACACAGGAGGUGAGCAGAAUGAUUGGAGUUGGUCUGAGCAGACUGAUGGGCUGGAAAGCUGACCUGAAGAAUCCACAGCUAGAGAUAAAUGUUUAUUUAAGUGACAGUCACUGCCUGCUUGGGAUUCCUCUAACCAGGUUACCUCUGGCUAACCGGUGCUACAUCAGAACCACAGGCCUGAGGUCUACUGUAGCCUGGGCAAUGGCUUCACUGGCUCAGAUUCAGCCAGGUUUCUGUGUUGUUGACCUAAUGUGUGGAGUGGGAACCAUCCUGAUUGAGGCAGCAAAGGAACAUAAGGCUGCUUUCUUCCUGGGCAUGGACAAUGAUGAUGGACAGCUGCUGAAGGCCAAUGAAAACAUAGAGGUUGCUGAGCUGGGAAGCAGGAUACACCUGCUGAAGGCUUCAUCUCUGGCUCUGCCCCUGCCAGGCACCAGCGUGGAUGCUGUAGUAUGUGACCUCCCAUUUGGCAGGAAGUUUGGCACCAAAGCAAACAUGGCUGCCAACCUGCCACUCAUCCUCACUGAGAUGGAGAGAAUUCUCCGUAUUGGUGGAUCCAUGGUUCUCCUUCUGAGUCCUCAGUUAUCCUGUCUUCUGAAAAAAAUACUGGUGCAGGCAGGAAGUGGACUAACACCUAACCAGGAAACAAAACCAUCAACAAGGAUACAAGACUGUCCAUCUCAUGAUCCUUCUUCCACAGAGCAACAGACUCUUCAAAUCCACCAAGGGGUCAGCUCCCCAUCUAUCCAAGACACAGACCCUCAGUCUGGACUACAGCACAGUCUUCCAUCUCAUCUCACCUCCCUGAAGCACCAGGCUACUUUCAGGGUUAGCUUAGGGGUGAUAGAUGGACUUAUCCAUAAAUAUAUCAAGAUAGAAACUUGAUUGGUGUUGUCCAAGGCUAAAUUAGAAUGAAUUUGCUACUUUUCUUUGUAUCUUGUUCAAGUGACGAUGUGUCACAAUGAGAAAUGCUUUUCUUCUUUUUGUAUGCCUAUUUCACAAGUGAUGUUUUUUUUCCAUUGUUAAUGUUUAAUAAAUUAAAUACACACAUACACUUUAAAACAGUGAUUAAGUGUAGCAUCACCCAACAUUUUGAAUUCUCUUGAUUGUGUGAUGAAAAAUAAUCAAGUAUGGAUUUUGGAUCUUUAUCAUAGUUUAUUCUAAUACAUUCUUGUGGUGACCAUACGUUCAAUGAAAAGACCAAGAGCAAGAAUUAUGCAGGAAAAAACUGUGAAAACUCUUAACUCCUAUUGAAAAAUAUAAAAAGCCCCAUAAUGCACAUACAGAACUGCAGCUGUAUAGUUCCCAAAAGUUAGUUAGAUAGGACUAAAAAUGUGUUAUAGUUGGAACUGUCAAAAACUGAAUAUAGAGAGCUAAAAAAAACACAUUUUUUAAAAAUCCUUCAUGUAGGGCCUGGGGUCAUCCCUUUUUUAGUCAAUGGGCAUGUCAGGUUGAAGACAACUGUUUUUUCUUUUCAAAUAAUGAGUCAGGACCUCAAAGGCCACUGUCCUGCACACAUCUUGUUGGAGUCAUGUCAAGGGUCCCCAUUGCUCUUUUUGAGUCAGGACCCUGGUGCCCACUGUAUCAUUCAACUUUGAGAUAGGGCUCCAGUGGCCACUUACUGAUACAUUGAUUCAUUUACUGAUAAAUUUUUAGACAGGACCACUUUUCUGUUUGUUUUUUAUCCAUGACUUUGGUGAUCAGUUUUCUGCUAUAUUUAUAAGACAGGAUCCUAGUAGACGAAGGUUAGGCAACAGAACAAUUUCGGAUAUAUUAAGUCCUGCCCUCUACAGGGAAACCCUAAAGCCCUCUAUUAUGGCAUUAUUGUUUAGUCUGAAACCGACACAGCCUAUAGCUUGAAUCACAUGUUGCCAUCUGCCACUGUUAACCCUGCUUAGCCCAGUUUUUAAGAGGGCCAGACAAGGCCACAAGGGGUUUAGUGCUUUCAUUCAUUUUCCCGUUAGCUGUAUUUCCAGUUUUUGUAGC